AUGUUUCUUCAGGGAGAAUGGUUAAAUAAUGAGACAAACCUGUCUGAAUUUCUUCUCUUGGAAUUCUCGAAUGCUCGAGGGCUGCAAAUUCUACACUUUACUGCAUUCCUAACUUUUUAUCUUACAACAGUUGCAGGAAAUAUUCUCAUCAUCUCUGCAAUUGCCUCUAACCACCACCUACACACCCCCAUGUACUUCUUUCUCAUGAACCUGGCCAUACUGGAUGUGGGACAAGUGUCCGUCAUUUUCCCCAAAGCCAUGGCCAAUUCUCUUAUGAGUUGCAGAUACAUUUCUUACUCUGGAUGUGUUGUCCAAGUCCUCUUAUUUGUCUUCUUUGCAAACUCUGAUUUCUUUCUUCUCACCGUUAUGGCAUAUGAUAGGUAUGUUGCCAUUUGCUACCCACUGCAAUAUGAGAAGCUGCUGAAUAAGCAAUCCUGUAUUCAGAUGGUUUCUACUGUAUGGGUAGUUAGUUUUUUUUAUGGAGUGGUACACACUGGGGGUACCUUUGCACCCCCCUUUUGCUCCAAUGUUGUCAAUCAGUUUUUUUGUGAAAUCCCCCAGUUACUUAAGCUUUCUUGCUCUGACCUGAACCUGUUUGAAACAGGAGUCCUUUCCUUGUUUGGUCUCAUUGCCUUAGCAUGUUGUAUUUUCAUUGUUGUUACUUAUGUCCACAUCUUUGCUGCAGUGCUGAGAAUCCCCUCUGUGCAGGGAAGGCAAAAAGCCUUCUCAACUUGCCUUCCCCACCUCAUUGUUUUCUCUCUACUUGUAUUCACUGCAUAUUUUGCUUACCUCAAACCCACCUCUAACUCUGGUUCACAUCUGGAUUUAGCUUUUACUCUGAUCUAUACCAUGGUCCCACCCUUGAUGAAUCCAAUAAUCUACAGCAUGAGGAACAAGGAUAUAAAACAUGCUCUGUCAAAGUUACUUGGUUUUUGCCACUCUUCUAAUGAUGCAUUCUCCACUGUUGUUCCAGAAAUGUGA